AUGACGAGAUUGUGGCCUGCAAAGAAUAGGGGAAGGACCAGCAAGAAGACCACCAGUAAGAUCGAGGAGAUGAGCUACGUUCCUACGAUUGAAUCCUUACAGACCGGGACCGGAACAGAGACGAAUCGGAAGGUUAGCACAAGCCGAGCGGCUUUUCUGCCGAACCUCUACGAGGUCCUUGCCAACCCGGAAUACCACGACAUCAUCCAUUGGGAUGAGACCGGCGAGAUCGUGGUCGUACAGGACGCCCUAAGGCUGUCCACAGAGCUAUGUCCUGUUGUCUGGCAACAGAAGGACGUCUAUAGCUGGUCUCGACAGAUGAACAUCUGGAGGUGGAAACGGAUCGAAAGCUACGAGAAGGGAGAACGGGGUUCCCUUGGGACUAAAUCAUCGAGGUGGAAGCACGACACCCUAGAUCGAUGGUCAAGGCCCGAGGACCUCGCUCAGGUCUCCCGGAAGGUCCCUCCCAGGGCUGGUACCGGUUCCAUCAAGAAACGGCCAACGAAGUCCGCCCGUCACGUUGAAGGCGAUACAAGUCAGCCUUCUUGUUCACCAGUCUUUCCGGACUACCUCGAACUUGACACCGAAGGUUCUUUCGUGCCGUCUUCACCAAUCUCACCAGCCUACUCUGUCGUCUCGCCCGUUGUCUGCGUCGAAUCCAUUCCCGGCACUCCGCAAUUUACUCCCUCGACGACCGCUGCAACCACACCGACGGCAACACCAACGGCUUCGCGAGCCUGCACCCCCUUUCUCUCUCCCGCUGCGACACCUUCUCCGGCGCAGGUGUUCAGAUCAACACCUCUCCCACAAGUUUCCGGUUUGCAAGGGCAGUACUUCUUCCGAGGGUCCCCCGUCAUGACGUCCACGCAACCACCUCACCUGUCCUGGAGUUCUAUACAACAACCUCACUCCUGGACAUCAUCAAGAGGUACUUCUUCGUAUUCACCAUAUCCGCAGACGCCACGGAUGUCCAUGGCAACUCCACGUAGUACGGUCGGACCUUCCCAUUUGCGACAGUCCUAUGUGCAGCAACACCAGCAGCAGGACAUAUUCGGUUCCUAUGGGCAGCAUUACCGACAACACGAUCAGCCGCAAGAACGUCAUCAGCCGGUGGUACUCGAUGUCGACCUUCGUCAACUUGGUCUGGCCGAUGGAGUCACCCAAGCCCAAGUCGAAGGGCUCGCGGCAACUGCAGCGGAGGUCAAGGUAGAGGACAGACCGUUUGACGGAUUCGAGAUGAUAUGGGGCGAAGGGAAUCUAUUCUAGGGUUAUUCUUUCGGAUGGUAGUUUUGGAUGCUUACGAUCAACUAGUUGUAUUUAGGGUUAAGGAUCCUCUUCACUGUAUCACCGCCGGCUGCCACCACUGUACCUGUACUCUCAAUUAUGCGAACCGACCGAUCAAAUGACAUGUACGAUUUGAGCAAUCGCGAUUACUACAACGGACAAAGCGAGGACAUAACAUCGUAAAGAGAUCGUAAAAAAGGGACAUAUAUGAGCGUGAUCGAUACUCAGAAGCCGACGUCGUUCCAG